AUGUCUUCUUCCAGAAGGCCCUCCGCCUCCGAGCGGCACGCCUCCCAAAUCGAGCACGAUGAAUCCAUCCUCGAAAACCUGGGCCACUCGCAAGAACUCGUCCGCCAAUUCUCCCCCUGGUCCAUGUUCGCCCUCGCCUUCACCGUCCUCGGCACCUGGUCGACCCUCGCCCAAAAUCUCUCCACGGGUCUCACCGCCGGCGGACCCGUCACCAUCCUCUGGGGCCUCGUCCUCGUUACGCUCUGCAACCUCUGCGUCGCCGCCUCCCUCGGCGAGUUGUUGAGUGCUAUGCCCACGGCUUUGGGGCAGGCGUUUUGGGUGUAUCAUUUCUGGACUACCCCGAUGGGGCGGUUCGCGAGCUACAUGACAGCGUGGAUCAACACGUUCGGCUGGUGGACGAUCACGGCGAGUCAGGCGGCGUUCAUGACGGAGUUUAUUCUUGCUAUGAACGUGCUGUAUGUUCCGGACUGGGCGCCAGCGGGGAAGGGUUGGGUGAAUUUCUUGCUGUACGUGGCCAUCGUGUUGUUCUUGACGGUGGUCAAUGUGGUGGCCUGUCGGAAGGAUAAGGUGCUGCCGUGGAUUAACAGUUUUGUGGGCUCGACGUUUAUCCUGUUGUUUUUUGUAUUCGCGUUGGGGCUGUUGAUUUCUGUUGGGGUGAGGUCAGGCGAGAGGUUUCAGCCGGCGAGCUUCGUGUUUGGGGAUUGGGAGAAUCAGAGUGGGUGGUCGAGUGGGGUGGUCUGGUUCACGGGGCUGGUGCAGAGUGCGUAUGGGCUGACGGCGUUUGAUGCGUGUAUACAUAUGGUGGAGGAGUUGCCGAAUGCGAGCAAGACUGGGCCGAGGAUCGUGUGGUUGAGUGUGCUGACGGGGUCCAUUUCGGGGUUUAUCUUCAUGAUGAUCUGCCUGUUCUCGAUACAGAAUAUCGACGACGUCGUCAACGCGGAUCACCCGUUCAUCCAACUCUGCGUCGAGGCGAUGGGUCUCACAGCAGCAGUCGUUCUGCUCGCGCUAUUCAUCGUCAGCGGCAUCGGCCAGAAUCUAAGUCUUGCCACAACGGCCUCCCGGCUGACCUGGAGCUUCGCCCGCGACGGCGGCGUGCCCUUCUUCAACUACUUCGCCAAGGUCGACGAAUACUGGCGCGUACCUGUCCGCGCGACAUGGGCGCAGGGCUUCAUCGCAGCUGUCAUCGGCGUCCUCUACCUUUUCGCCGAUACCGUACUCGAAGCAAUCCUGAGCGUCAGCACCAUCGCCCUCACGAUCUCCUACGCCAUACCGAUCAUUGCGCUCCUCGUCGCUGGGCGGGACAAACUCCCUGCCUCGAGGUCCUUCAACCUCGGCUGGGCAGGCAUGCCCUCCAACAUCGUCAGUAUCAUCUACUGCUCGAUCACGACCGUGUUCUUCUUCUUUCCCGGUGACCCGAAUCCGAGCAUCGCGGAUAUGAACUGGGCGAUAGCUGUGUUUGGAGUAAUGUUGGUGAUCAGCAUUGGAUUUUGGUUCGUGCAGGGGAGCAGGACGUAUCUGAGGGUUGAUACGGCGAAUUUUGGGAUCAUUGCGGGGCAUGCGCAGGAGCAGGGCAGGGCGAAUCUGACGAUGACGAAAAGUAGGGAUAGUGCGGGAGCGGUGAAUGGAGUCAAGACGCUGUGA